AUGGCCCACGCCUGGACGAGGCAGGAUAAGAUCAGGCGAGGUGUAUGGGCCGCUGCCUUUGCCGCCGUCGUCUUCGUCGGCUCCAUCACCGGAGCUCAACUCAAGUCGGAUCGGCAAAAGGAAGAGGUAAUCGACGAGUUCCGACAAACGUCUCCCUCGGAGCAAAUCGCCAUGCUCCAGACGCAAAAGGAGAGCUUGCUGCAGCAAAGGGCCGCUCUCGAGAGGAAGAUGGCCUUGUUCCGCGAGCGUGUCCGGGAACGCGAGUCGGAAAAGACCGCCAGGCCCAAGUAA